AGAGAAACGCCAAUUUUAUGCUGGGAGGCUUAAGUGGUUUUGUGAUAUAGAAGUUUAAUGACAAGCUGUGCAAUUUUUAUAUAACAAUUCCCAAUUUGUAAUAAAAAUGGGGAGGGAGUAGGAAUAAAUUAGUACUCCGCCGGCUACUUGGUAAUGAAAGUAAGAGUGGAUGGUCCUUGGUGCAAUAUCUGUAGAGGGUGCAAAUGGAAAAUAUAUUGGGAGCUGGGGUAUAUAUUUUCGUCUUCUUGUUCAUCCUCUCUUCCCAUGCCAUAGUAGUCUCCUCUCUCCCUCUGUACCCGAUUAACCUUAUUGCCUUCUCUCCAGUGAAAUAAAAAAAAUGAAGAAUUGGUUCAGGUUUGGCGCGAUAAGGAAGAAGGGUAUACUUUUUUUUUGUUUCCAGUGUUAAUUUUGGUUGUGCGUUUUUCUGACAGAUGAGUUUAGGUCUUCUUGGAAUGAUUGGUGGGCAAAAGAGAAGAAAAGAAAGUGCGAUAUAAUGUUAUUAGGUUUUGGAUGGUGUUUGGAUAGGCACGGCAAGGAGUCAAAGCAAUGCCAAUUUGAAGCUGAGGAGCUUAAAAAGUUCUGUGAUAUCCUUCUAUAUACAAUGCUAGGUGCAAUUUGUAAACAGUGUUCCCGCCUAUUUUUAUUGGGCCAAUUUAGUGGGCUUUAAGCUGCAAGGCAAUUUACCAUUGUUCUUCCCUCUUCAUUUCCGACGGAGAGCUACUAUCUUAGCCGCCUGAUUUUCUUCUUCAUCUCAUGUUGAGCCCUGAGCAGAUUCCAAACGCCGGAAGGGCAACGACGCAGAGAGAAAAGGGAAACAAUGCAGAGAGAGGACGCAUGGCAGCGCAGGGCUAGGGUUUCACAUUCCAGUUCCUCAUUAUAGUCUUAAAAAUUUUGGUGUUGAAGAGAUUGUUUUUUUAGUCCAAGUUGAUUUUUUUUCCAGACCUCUGAUAUUUCCAAAGCAAGUUCUGACGCUAGCCGCAAGGGUCUUGACCCCUAACCCCUGUGAUUGAUACGGGCGAGAAAGGCAUUUGGCCCUGCAAAAUCAGUAGCUACUGGUCUUCUUCUUUUUUAUCUUUAUAGACUUACCUAACCAUAAGUCCAUAAGUCUGAUUUUUUACUUCAAAAAUGGAGUUGUUUUGCAAUCUAGAUUACUUAAGCAAUGCUCAAUAUGUGUUCGACAAAUUGCCUCAAUGAGAAGGAGGGUCUAGGUAACAUUUCAUGCUGCUUCGUUUCUCUAAUAGGCAUAGUUCAAUCAAUAGUGGUGAGGUUAUACUAUUUCACCCAACAAAUGCCAUAAACAUGCCUGAAUAUAUCAAAGCUCUAAGGUGGGUCAAUUUCUCACACAACUUCAAUUUCUUUAAGCUUUAAAGUCUUCCAAGGUGAUAAAUCUCAGUCUUAAGCCUAAGAUUUUUUUACCCCCCUUGCGAUUCGGUGUUUUGCUUAUUAAAAAAAUGUAAUGAUUUGUUUGUUUUGUCUUUGUGGUAGGAAUGAGUACACACUGUAUGUAAAGUCUAUUGGCAAGAUUGUUAGCACCUCUUGUGGUGCCUAUUUGAUGGGUUCAAGAGCAUUAUGGACCUGCCCAUGAUAUCAAGUUUUACAUCAACAAUGGAGGAAGAACAGAAGGAACAGGUAAUAGAGGCCUAAGAGAAUGUGCGACCAGGCGAUGACAACAACCAGACAACUCUGGUGUUUGGACAUCAAGGUAGCUGGACUUUCUUAUCUGGAACAAUAUCAUGGUCGGUGUUGAUUGGAUGCGCUUUAUAUGUUUGGUUCGAUUCCUAUUCAGACUCUGUAGAAUCGAGAGGGAUGGGGUUAGUCGCCAGAUCGGCAGAGAUGGCGGCUAACAUCGCCAGAGCUAUAGGAACCGUGGUGAAGCAUGAGCCCAAAUGGAUUGGGCAAGGAGUGAAAUUUAAGUUUGAAUUUUAUCCCUCAACCCCUGAGUUGGUGGGUGAAAUGUAUGCUUGGAUGAAAACAAUGAUGGUGAGAACAACAAAGAUGGAGGAGAUCAUAGAGGCAAAGUUUGGGGGAGAUGUUCCUCCCGCUGCAGUGAUCAAACCCAAUGGGAAAGGUGGAGAAGGCCGAGAAGCUAACGGUGCCGUCGCCAAAGCUAAUAGAAACGAUAGCGGCGAUAUCCCCCCCUCUUCUGCUUUUGGCCACUAUGGAUGGAUGGAUAAAUAGCGUUCCAGUUUCAUUUAUGGUUUAAUGAGAUCCUAUUAUUACUGCUCUUUUUAAUGAUGAGAUCAUACUUCAUUUUUUUCUUGCAAUUUAGAAAUUAAAAUGCCACUUUUAUGUGAAUUUGUGUAAUCAGGGGAUUUAGGAUAUAAUGGGUUUAAUUUAGUUAUUUAAAUUAAGAAUUACGGAGUACUCGAUAGUAUAUUAGACGGAGAGUGCAUGUGUGCUAAACAUUCAUUUCUUUGAAUGCGUUUCAAUGUUGGGCAUAUUAAAUUUAACAUUUACUU